AUGAGGUGCUCCGGGAGUUUGGCCGACCAUUGCCACCAUGUUGCGGAGGUCCUGCAAUGCCUGAGGGAGUUCAACCUGUUCCUGAAAGCAGAGAAAUGUACCUUCCACCAGCCCUCAGUGCAGUUCCUUCGCUACUACAUCGAUCGCAGUAGCAUCCGGAUGGACAAGAGGAAGGUUUCUGCUAUCAAGGACUGGCCCAUUCCCACAACAAUUAAAGAACUUCAGAGAUUCCUUGGAUUUGCCAACUUAUAUCGACGCUUCAUUCAAGGUUACAGUAUCAUUUCCACUCCACUCACAAAUCUCCUGCACAGCAAGCCCAAGUCUCUGUCCUGGACUCCAGCCACCACUCAAGCCUUUGACACUCUAAAGAAAAGCGUUUACCACCGCUCCCCUCCUGGUGCAUCCUGA